CCGGCCCGCGCACCAACAAAGACAUUUCUUACCAAACCAGGCAAAGCAACCAAGUUUACAAAACGCCCAUUUUUUCCUCUUCUCUUUGCUUCCUUCUCUUUUUCUUCGUCUUUCUCUGUCUGUAAUCUCUGACCCAUCAAUGGAAAUCUCACCCAAACGCCAAGAGAAUCACAACCCAUCUCUUCAACCCUCCCCAAACAGCCACAGCACAACCAGCAGCGGCGGCAGCGCCACCACCGCCGCUACCAGUCCGACCGGCCAGCGCCACCCAUCGACGCCGCCGAGGCCUGUCACCAGAUCCGAGCCCAACAACCCCUUCCCCACCACCUUUGUCCAGGCCGACACCUCCUCCUUCAAGCAAGUCGUCCAGAUGCUGACCGGGUCCUCCGAGACCGCCCGGCACGCCCCGGAAAGAAACCCGAUUCCGCCCGUCAAGACCGGCCCCAUGAAGCAACCCGCCUCGAAGCUCUACGAGCGCCGCAACAGCCACAAGAAUUUCAAGAUCAGCCCGCUCGUCCCCGGGUUCUCGCCCCGGAAGCCCGAGAUUUUGUCGCCCAGUGUUCUCGACUUCCCGUCGCUGGCCCUCAGCCCUAUCACACCGCUCGUGCCCGACCCGUUUAACAGGUCUCCAGCGAGCAGUGGGAGCUUGUAUGUGGAUGCCGAGGAGCAGGCGAUCGCCAAAAAGGGGUUCUAUUUGCACCCGUCGCCGGCGAAUACUCCGAGAGACUCGGAGCCCCGAUUGCUGCCGCUGUUUCCGGUAACGUCGCCGAGGGUCUCGGGAUCUUCUUCUUGAGUGCGCUUUAUGAUCGAUGUAAGAUUUUUAUAUAUUUUCAAUUAAUACAUAUCAAUAUAUAAUUCUCAAUGAAUGGGGGCAAAUCAAAUGUUGUCAUUCGAUU